UGGACAUGUAAACCGACGCGCUCCUGAAAACGCGAAAUCGGAGCCCGUAAAAGCCUCUCUGGGAGGACUUGUAUGCGCACCUAACAGCAGAGGGACUGCUCAGAUUCAGACAAGUUCAGUCCACUGAGAUUUUUUUCUUUUUUUCUGGACGCGUUUUUCUUUCUUCGCUUUUUCCCUCCUUUUAAAAUCUUGUUUUUAUUCAAUUUCUCGUUGUUUCGAUGGCGACAUGUUGGUAAAGAUGUUCAUCAGCGCAGAUGACAGUCCGUUACUGUUGGGGUGUAUGUUUCUGGACUUUUCCGCUUAUAUGGAGCGCGCGCCUUUUCCUUUCUUUCCAAGUCUUUUCGUUUUCGCCUGAAGUUGAACGUGGGGGAGAAAGCAUCAUGAGAGGCAGAUACUUUCUCCUCGGCUUCUUGUUGCUCAAACUUAUGGCUCUCGUGUGCAAGGCUGACGGAGAGCCAGGACUUCUUGGGGGAUUUGUCAUGAUCGCCACCUCCAACGGCUCCAGAGAGGAGGAGAGUGUGUCAGAGGAGACACCGCACACUGAGGACAAAUGCAGGGGCUACUACGACGUGAUGGGCCAGUGGGACCCGCCGUUUAUCUGCAAAACGGGCAAUUAUCUGUACUGCUGCGGCACCUGUGGCUUCCGCUUCUGCUGCUCCUUCAAGCACUCGCGGCUUGACCAGAGCACCUGUAAAAAUUAUGACACCCCGGUGUGGAUGAAGACCGGACAGACUCCCUACAAAAAAAUGAACAAGAUACACGACAGCACCAAAGACAAGACGAACUUAAUUGUUUACAUCAUUUGUGGAGUUGUAGCCAUCAUGGCUCUUGUGGGGAUUUUCACCAAGCUGGGGUUGGAGAAGGCGCACCGGCCGCAGAGAGAGAACAUGUCCAGGGCCGUUGCCAGCGUGCUGCAGGGCGGGUGUCCAGGUGAACAGUAUCGGGGGGAGGAGGCCCUAGGGAUGCAUUCCCAGCACUUUGUGCCUAGGGCCACAAACCUCCAGGGUGGCCAGAUAAACAACAAUGUGGGACCGGGCUCAAACAUUGGCCUGCAGCACCCUUACCCUGCCCUCAGCCAGCUGGCGCACGUCUACGAACAACAACAACAGCAGCAGCAGCAACAGCAGCAGCAAAACAAGGAUCUCAACAAGUAUGCCUCCCUAAAGGCUGUAGCUGCCAAGUACAACGGUGAACUCUACAACAAGCGUCGUCUGAUGGUAGAGCUGCCAUCAAAAGGUGGCCUUCCCCUUCAGCCUAUGGGCAACUCCAGACCCACCAUGGGCAACAUGUCUUCAAUGACCACUCCAAUGACGACCAACCCCAUGGCUUCAAACCCUAUGACCUCCAAUCCCAUGAACCCCACAAUCACACAGAUGACGUCUAUGACACCUAUGACAUCUAUGCCACCUAUGACAUCUAUGCCACCUAUGACGUCUAUGCCACCUAUGACGUCUAUGCCACCUAUGACGUCUAUGACACCUAUGACCUCACUUACCCCGAUGACAUCCAUGACUCCCAUGACUUCCUUAGGACCACUAACUCCAGAACCCGUGGCCACCUAUGUCACCGAGAUGCCUAGCAUCUCCUCUGUCUCAACUCUCCCAACAGAGAGGCACAUAGCUGGUGGAGGAGGGGGACUCAAGCCAAAUGGCCAAAAACCCAAAGGCAGCCAUGGUCAUGCUUCCCACAGCACCCACAGCUCCCACAGCUCUCACACUCACGCUCACAGCCACAGUAGCAAGCCGCCAGGACUUGGGGCUACUUCCCUGGCACAUAUGGCAGGGACCAUGCCAGGUGGCACAUCCCUGGGCAUCUCUAGGGCUGUCGAGACCGCCUUUGGUUCAAGCUCAGCCACAAUGGGCCGCCCCUUGGCAUACAGUUCCAACACAAUCGCAACUGGGCAUGCAAUGGGGUUUGGGCUGAAGGGCUGGGAUGGGACUGAGACAGUGGGCAGGAGGAAGAGCUACGGGCAUAAGAGGCCUCAGUGUACGGUGCUGGAGCCGAACCAGCUCCAUGGCACCAGAGGCCACAGCCACAGCCAGCACUUCCUCCCCACACAACCCUAUUUUGUGACCAACAGCAAGACAGAGGUGACUGUGUGAGAGAGGGAGAAAGGGAGAAAGAAAGGAGGAAAAGGAUGCAUGUGGAGUGGUGACACAAGUAAUCUCUUGACUGGAGACGUCAACUCCUGGGUGUCAUAAUAUGCGGAUCUACACGUGUGUUUGUGUGAAGAAGCUGAGGCUUAUUGGCAAAGUAUGUCUGAGUGGUUCUUGUUUCACAAACAGAGCUCAACAAUCAGAUUGCUCUACAGACCUUUGUACUCAAGAAGUUGCUGUCCAUGUUUUCUCAAGAGCCUAAAGAGUAGGGAUCCCUGUACUCUUGUGGUGAUGUUAAGAGUGAUGUCUCACAGCUAAUAUCUACUCUGUAAUGAUGACAAUGUCUGAGCAUUACAGCAGAUGUUACAAAGCAAAAAUGCUGAGAAUAAAACAGAUGUGCUUUACAAACCAAGCCUGAGAAGCAAUAUAAGGGAUCAAGCUUGAAGCAUCUCAGCAAAGGAGGAAUACAGCACGUUUACCCACAAAUCUUUCAAGAAGAGGUUUUCUUCAUCUGCCCAAAAAUAAAAAGAUAAAAAAAUAAAUAUAUAUUGAAUGGAUUGGAAGAAAUACCCACACUCAAAUCUCCAGAGUGCUUUAAAGCAGACAAACAUGAUGAGGGCACUGGGAUUUUAACUGCAGACAUGCUUUGUACUGUGGCUAUUCUGAAGCGCCUUCAUAAGCUCUGCAGCUGAAGGUUGCCCUUUUCCAUGAGGCUCCAGCACAAAGAAUGGAGGUUGUCACACUGGCAUUGUUGUGUUCUGAUCUCAUCUGUGUGGUGACAGCUCACCCAGAGGAGAGAUGAGGAGGGAGGCAGGCAGGCGGCAUCUGGGUGAUGCUGUAGCUAACUGGAGGCUCCUCAGAGUAUCAUGAAAUGCACACAUGCAGACACAUUUUCACUCAAACAGAAAUAUACAGUAGAACCGCUGAACACCAGGAUGUUUUACUAAAGGUUUUUGUUGUAUAUCAAUACUUUUCAUAAUUGUUUUGCAUUUAAAAAAAGAAAAUAGUCCAAAACUCACUCCUGAAAUCUUAACAUUUAAAAAUGGCAGCUACUUUUAAAUGCAGAAACUACUCACAUAUGCACAGUUAAAGAGAUUGUUUGGCAUAUAUACCUUGUUGCUAUGAAUUAAAUUAGAAGAUCGAUGCCAGUUUUAUGUUCGUUUCUUGAUUACAAUGCAAGAAGCAUCAGUAAUUAGCUGUGCUGCGAGUAAACACUGGAAACAGGAGGAAAACAGUGCAGACCUGUGCAAAGUUACAAUAAUGAAAUCUACCUGCAAGCGCCUGAAAACAUCUCUAAUUAACCUGUUAUAUGUAGCUAAUUUAAUCUGAACAAAAAAACUUAAGAGUUAAAAAGACUUCCAGUGGUUUAAAGGGAAGUUUAAUGCCAAAUUAACUGUGAUGCGAUUUUACAUGAGGUUGCCAGGCAACAAACUAUUAAAAUUUUCCCCUAAAAGAAUAAAUAAAGUGUGCAAAAGCACAAAGCUGUGUAGCUGUGGUUAGAAAAAGGCCCCUGAUCAUGCUGGAAGUGGACAUGAUGAUUCCUUUAAUUAAAGACUGUUUAUGUAUUUAUCACAGACAGUGCACAUAAAAUGUCUGCAGCUGUGUGCCAGCAAUAUUUCAAAAAGUCAACCAAAUGUAAGUUUGGACUUUCUACAGGUUGCAGUUUGCAGGGAUUUUGCAAAGAGUAUUGAGAACUGGACCAGCAAAACACUAAUAAUUUAACUUUUUUUUUUUUUUUGUCUUCUUCUUUUAAACCGG